AAGCCACACUGCCCCAUGCACUGACGGGAUCCUCACCCAGGUUAACUCCCUCCACAGACAGCAACAAAAGGUUAGAAAUGGAUGAACAAGGAGUGAUAUUCACUAAGUGCUGCAGGCGAAGCCAGCCAGAUGUUUACCAGAGAGAGGUUGGGCAGGAGGAAGAGCCACUGUGUUCAGAUAACCCUUCUGAGGGAGAAUAAUACCCUUUGGAAAUGUAGGCAUACAGGGCAAUAUCACUGGGGCAACACCCACCCCAAACGACGACCCCGCGAUUGGAACAGCGCAGACAGGUUUGAUUCACCAUUUUCAGUGCAGAACUAUACACUUGCCGAUAAAACAUAUCAAAGAAGGGACAUUUCUACACCUGCAUGCCAAUGUAACAGACAGAACCUGACUCCCGUUAAGAGCAAAUGAAGGAGGCUGCCUGUUUCCCACAGCGGUGCUGGGAGGAUGCAGAGGAAUACGAGUCCCCAUCCUAUCCUGCAUUACGGGGUCAGAGGAGCCUCCAAAUAUCCUUUACACAUCUCUCUGUUCUCCAGGCACCCCGGGCAACGACGGAUGAUGCAAGCCUGAGCUGACAUCCCACUUCCACCCGUAUAGACUUCGGGACGCCCGUUCAGCACAAAGAUGCGCGCCUGGCCGGUCCUGCCUGGGUGUCACAAGGGCCACUCCCAGCUAACUGAGGAUUCGCCACCAAGCCUCCCGGCUAGGCAGCAGGAGAAGAGUCGAGGAUCUCUCCUUUGUUAGUGAGGAGUUGGCGGAGAAUCAGGACAAGCAACACCCUCAUCCGCGCGGGGACACGCAGGCAGCUCUGGGCACUAAAAUUCCAAAGCACGCCACCGCUGAACACUUUUAACUCCGCCACACGGACUCCAUGCUACUCAACCUCCUGCUGCUGAUAGGACGAGUCUGGAAUCUUGUUUUCUGGGAAGUUCCUGCGGAUGACGGGAUUUGGCGGCUCCCUAACCUGAGGUGCGCUGCACCUCUUUUCGUUACAAGCGCCCUGCAUCUUUCCAGGAAUCUCAUCCCCUGUCCUACGUUCGACAAGACAAACCCAGAUCAUCCAAGGCCACGUCACAGCGGUUGGCUGUAGGCCCUGCAGGGAGGUUGAACAUCUCUCCUUUUUUACUUGGAAAACAUGGCGAGUUCUGAAGCCAGCCCACCCGGACUUCGACAAGCCGGGACAGGACCAUCUGCCCACUCCUGAGGCGGCUGCGUUCUGGGGAGGGGGGAUAAUGUUCAUCCCCUCUGAUCCGGAGAGAGGAGCCACCAUGAACAACGUCACCACGAGCAACGACACGGAGUCCUUGGGCGCUGGCGCCAGGCUGGAGAUGAAGUACCCGCUGAGCUUCCAAGUGGUGCUGACGGGCUUCCUCGUGCUGGAGAUGGUGCUGGGCCUCAGUAGCAAUCUGACUGUACUGGUGCUAUACUGCGGCAAAUCCAGCCUGGUCAAUUCCGUCAGCAACGUGGUGACGGUCAACCUGCACGUGCUGGAUGUGCUCAUCUGUCUGGGCUGCAUUCCACUAACGGCCGUCUUGGUGCUGCUGCCACCGCCGGUGGCCUCUGGGGCGGCGCCGUUGUGCUGUUUCCACGAGGCUUGCGUCUCCUUCGCCAGCGUGGCCACAGCCGCCAACGUGCUGGCCAUCACGCUGGACCGCUACGACAUCUCGGUGAAGCCGACUAACCGCGUGCUGAACAUGCGCAGGGCCGCCGCCCUGCUAGCCGCCGUGUGGGCUGCAUCUUCCUUCAGCUUCCUGGUGCCCUUCAUAGAGGUGGGCUUCCUAGGGGCGGAGCAUGCCGAACAGAACAGGACAACAGCAGACUGGUAUUACACCGAGCCGGGCCUCUACUACCACCUGCUGGCCCAGAUUCCCAUCUUCAUCUUCACCGCCGUGGCCAUGCUCGUCACCUACUCCAAGAUCAUGCAGGCGCUCAACAUCCGAAUUGGCACCCGUUUCCAAGCCAGCCAGAAGAGGAAGGCAUGCGCGAGGAAGACGGUCGCUAUGACGACACGGCCAGACUGCACGGACGUCCCGCGCCGCCACCCCAUGCUGGGCAUGCGUGCGUCUGUUUCGGUGAUCAUCGCCCUGCGCCGGGUGGUCAAGAGGCAUCGGGAGCGGCGCGAGCGGCAGAAGCGCCUCUUCCGCAUGUCCUUCCUCAUCGUUGCCACCUUCCUGCUGUGCUGGACGCCCGUCACCGUGCUCAACGCUGUCAUCCUGAUCGCGGGCCCUGGGAACGUGACGGUGCAGCUCCGCCUGAGCCUCUUGGUCCUGGCUUACGCCACCACCGUCUUCCAUCCGCUGCUCUACGCCUUCACCCGGCAGAAGCUUCAGAAGGCCCUCAAGGGCAAGAUAAAGAAGCGGGUGGUCUCUGUGGUGGAGGUUGAGCCGCCACCCCCACUGAACGACCCCGUCACCCACAACUCAUGGAUCGACCCACAACGGAACAAAGUGGUGACUUUUCAGGAUGACCAGGUCAGGCAGAAAUGCUUCUCGUCCAGAAAUGCUGACUGACCUAAUCAAUGUGGGCAAUCCUGUUCAUAAAAUCUGUAAAUGUACCAAAAUGUACAGCUCCUGCAAAAAUAGAGAUUUAUAACUGUAAUAAAUAUGCCGGUUCUGUGGGUCAAGCCUAUUGCACAGGGCUCCCCCUGCUGGCCAUACACCUCGCACAUGCCACGUGCACACGCACAUAAGACAGGUGUAAUUCCGGGUAUAACAGACACGCUGUGACAUGACAGCCACAAGCCGGGUCACAGCCAAUCACAGACACAUAUGAUUUUUUUUUUUUCCCCACAUUUUGAACCUUGUACCAUGACAGUGACACUUACUGCAGGACAGUAACCGGUAGCCAAUUGGUGGCAUUGGGGUCAGCAGAGCAUCUUACUGGGGCAAGAAGGCCGCUAAAACGGGCCACCCUGGAGAAUGGGAAGGUGGAUUCACAUCUCCGGGUCCACAGACUGGAACCAGCCACCCCCCCACUCCUACCACAAACAAACCGCAGGUCCAGCUCCCCAUUAUCCAUCUCACCCAGAACCAUCCCCAAAGCUAAUCCGAAUGCAGUACUGUCCCGCACCUGCCCAGCUCUCCUACCGUCCCGAAGCUGAUAACUUGGGGUCUCCCCUCCCCCAUCCCCAAUGUCCCAGCAUGCACCUAAGCACCCUGUGUGUACUCCCUCCCCCAAGUCACAAACCUUCAUUUACACAUUUACUCAUUACAUCAUGCCCCCUCCCCCCAAGGUUUACCAGCUAGCCUUUAAAAUACUUUUAAUAACAAAUAUUGUUGAUGCCCGAACCGUAGUCCUGCUUGACACUCUCACACUGCUCCUGGGUACCGCAGGUGUGAGACAGGAUAGGGAUUAACAGACAUUUGGGGAUUAACUGGGAAGGUGUUCUGGUUCAGGCUGGGCGAGGAGAGGAUGGGGGAGGAGAGAAGAGGAGAGGAUGGGGGAGGAGAGGAAAGGAGAGGAGAGGGCAUCCAGCUUUCCAGCAGCUUCCCGUAUAACACCGGUGUCACACUGGGCUUUCCGGAAGCAUGCCUCAGCAGGACUCCAUGGCAACAUCAUCCUGCUUCCACAGGCUACGCCGCCUCUCCCGUGCUUUUUAGACAGCAACCUUCACACGCCCACCCUCUGCUCCUCAGCUCACCCCCUCCCCCCCACAGCAGAGGAAGCAGCAGAGGGGAAGGGAGAGAA